AUGUCACUCAAUAUCAAUCGCAACGUGCUCGACCCCUUCUACCGUUACAAGAUGCCACGCCUGUUGGCAAAAGUCGAAGGCAAAGGAAAUGGAAUCAAAACGGUAAUCGCAAACAUGGCAGAAAUCGCCAAAGCUCUUGAACGCCCUCCCACAUAUCCUACAAAGUAUUUUGGUUGUGAAUUGGGUGCGCAGACCAACUUUGACAUGAAAAAUGAACGCUUUAUUGUUAAUGGAGAACAUGAUGCUGCAAAGCUCCAGGACAUUCUUGAUGGUUUUAUCAAAAAGUUCGUGUUGUGUCCUGCAUGUGAAAAUCCUGAGACGACUUUGGUUAAAACCAGGCUUUUCGAAACAUUUUCGUUACAGUCCGUGCGCAAGGGUCAGAUUCAUAGUAAAUGCAAAGCGUGUGGCAAUGCUUCAAUUAUUGAUCCUAAACACAAACUUUCAACUUUCAUUCUUCGAAACCCACCAAAAUCUACCGAGGACAAGGAGAAAAAAGAAAAUGGUAAUGGUUCGGAUGAGCAACCUGAGGGCGAGGCACUUAGCGAUAAGGAUAACUUGGUUGAUGACGAUUGGGCAGAACCAGUGGAGGAUUCUACUAACCAAGUUUCAGCUCAAAUUGGGAAGUUGAUCAUUAGCAAAGAUUUGGAAAAACCAGUUGAAGAGAGGCUUGAUAUGCUUCAUCAGUAUUUCAUGAAGGCGAAGAAGGAGAGCACUCUUCAGGUCGCACUUUUGAAUGAAGCUGAACGUUUGGAGCUCAAGUCAAAAGCUACUCUUCUGCUUGCUGAUGUUCUUUUCGAUGAAAAUGUGGUCGCACAGAUUAAGGAAUAUCGCACAUUGUUGUUGCGAUUUACACUGGAUGAUCACAGGGCGCAACGUCAUCUUCUUGGUGGUAUAGAGCAACUUAUUAUGAAACACAUGGAUAUUCUUCUUCCGAAAUCACCGCAUAUCAUUAAAGCUUUGUACGACAAUGAUGUUGUUGAAGAGGAGGUUUUGUUGGCAUGGGGAGAAAAGCCGAACAAAAAAUAUGUCGGGAAGAAGCUUUGUGCAGAAAUUAUCAGUCGGGCGAAGCCUGUUUUGGAUUGGCUGAGAGAAGCAGAAGAAGAUGAUGAAGAUGAGGAUGAGGCAGAUGAUGAUGCAAUAGAAGUAGUUACUUUUGAUGUACUUUCGUUUAACGAUCGUGCACGUCAAGUUGGGACUGUAGAUGAGGCCAAAAAGUUAAAUGGAUUUAACGGCGAGGAACUUGACAUUGAUGACAUUUAA